UUCAAUUCAGAGUGAAGCCGGCAGCUUCACGGUGGAGGACACAUGAAAGCCUCUCCCCUGUCCCCAGACAGGAUGCAGGUCCGGGGCCUCUUCCUCCUCCUCCUGCCACUGGUCCUUCUGGCUGCUACCACCGAGGCUGGCAAGAACAAGAAAGAGAAGGGGAAGAAGGACACCUCUCAGUGUGAGGACUGGCGCUGGGGACCCUGCAUCCCCAACAGCAAGGAUUGUGGUCUGGGCUACCGUGAGGGAACUUGCAAAGAUGAGAGUAAGAAGCUCAAGUGCAAGAUCCCCUGCAACUGGAAGAAGAAGUUUGGAGCUGACUGCAAGUACAAGUUUGAGAGCUGGGGCGGGUGUAGUUCUCAGACUGGGAUGAAGACUCGCUCUGGCAUCCUGAAGAAAGCCCUGUACAAUGCCCAGUGUGAGCAGAUCGUUUAUAUGACCAAGCCUUGCACUUCCAAGAUUAAGUCGAAGUCCAAAGCAAAGAAGGGCAAGGGGAAGGACUAAGGUGGGAAGCCAGUAUUCUCAUCGGCCUCUCAACAUCAUGCCCAUGAGGAAGGAUGCCCAUCUGCAGCCAUUCCAUGCUCCAGUCUUCCUCCUUCUCUCCUUUCUGCUUUCCAUUACUUCUUUUUUUCACUGAGAUACCUUGUUUUAAUUUCUAGUGUUGUAGAGAGCAAAUUCUCCUGUCCCUCAGGAGGUGCUGUCCCACUCCUUGCCACCGUCACCAAUGUGUUCUGCUCAGCUCAUCUGGGCUGGUGCUGGGAUUUGCUGGGAUGAGCCUGGAGAAAUGGGAUGGGAAUACAUGUAUUUCCACCCUCCAGCAUAAAUGAGUUGCCUUUGAAGCAUCCUUUGGCAAGUCUGGGAGCCUCCCUGCUCUUCUACCAAGUACCAGUGCUGGAGGGAAGGGCUGGGUGUUGAAUACCCAAAUAACUCCAUCACUCACAGGCCCCUUACUCAUUUGAGGACUGCUGUAAUCUCAGGAGGCUUUCUCUACCAUUUUCUGCAGCACCUGGGAAAAACACAGCCACCAUCCCCAGGAACUGCUGCAUCCUCUUUCUUCUGUCACUUCUAACCAUGUGUGUCCAUACCAGGGCUGCACCUCCUCUGUCACUGACACACCAACAGUGGUGCUGGGUGGGAGU